UUCCACGUUCUCGGAGAUCUGAGGAUUGGAAGGCAGCGAGGGAAUACCUUGAUAGUGGAUUUAUCUAUGAGGGUAGGAUUGAAGGUUCAAAUGCUGGAGGUUUACUUGUCAGAUUUCAUUCUCUAGUUGGCUUUCUUCCAUUCCCUCAAUUGAGCCCAUCUCAUUCUUGUAAAGAACCAUACAAAAGUAUCCAAGAUAUUGCAAAAAGCUUACUUGGUUCGAUUGUACCAGUGAAGAUUAUCCAAGCAGAUGAGAGAAACAAAAAAUUGAUAUUUUCAGAGAAAGAAGCUGCGUGGUCAAAGUUUUCUGAGCAAGUUAGUGUGGGAGAGGUUUAUGAUGCUCGAGUUGGUUCUGUGGAGGAUUAUGGUGCCUUUGUACAUUUACGUUUCUCUGAUGGUCUUUAUCAUCUUACCGGGCUAGUACACGUAUCAGAAGUUUCAUGGGAUCUAGUUCAGGAUGUAAGAGACAUCUUGAGUGAGGGUGACGAAGUGAGGGUGAAAGUUAUUAAUGUUGAUAGGGAAAAGUCCAGGAUCACACUGUCAAUUAAACAACUGGAGGAAGAUCCACUGUUGGAAACGCUGGACAAAGUAAUACCGCAGGAUGGUUCUGCUGAACCUGAUUCUUUCGGACCUAGAAGUGAUAGCGAAAUUAUACCACUUCCUGGACUUGAAACAAUAUUUGAAGAGCUACUGCAGGAAGAUGGUAUAGAAGAUGUUCGUGUCAACCGACAAGGAUUUGAGAAGCGGGUGGUUUCACAAGAUCUACAGCUUUGGCUAUCAAAUGCUCCUCCCGUUGAAAAGAAGUUCAUUCUUCUUGCUCGUGCCGGUAGGCAGGUUCAAGAAAUACAACUGACGACAUCGCUUGAUCAGGAAGGUAUAAAAAUGGCAUUGCAGCACGUAUUGGAGCGUGUCCCGUGAUUUGAAUCCGGAGUUCGUGUUCGAUUUUGUAUGAUGAUGUCUGUAAAGAAGAUGCUGUCAAUUCAAUUGUUUCCAGUAAGAUGUAUAUUUUGUUUGGUCUGUUCAUCUAUUCUAAUUUGCCAAGGAUCUUGUAAGCAUGAACGCUCGAUUGUUGUCUGACAGCGUUCUGCUUGGAAGAUUUAGUCUUUGUUUUCCAUAUUCAAUAUAAUAGUAUCAUUUUUGUGUUCCAUUGAAUUGAAACACAUGUAAAUUAGUUUCAAUUUGAUUCUUAUA